GUGAUUAUCGCCGGCUCUAAUACGGUCCCAUUAACGGAGCCCCACCGGUAUAAAAGCCUGUGCGUUCCAGACCGAGGCACCAGUUGCAUCUGCUCGGGACUAGUCCGAUACUGCACAGAGGAGAGACACCAUGCUGAAACUGGCGGCGUUCCUGUGUCUGGCUGUGGCCGUGCUUGGCCAGCAGCAGUUCGAGCGACGCAGGCUCGGCCAGGGCCAGCAGUUCGGACAGUCGCGCUUCGGCCGACCGCAGCUGCGCUCGCAGUUCGGUCAGCUUCCUCAGCAGCAGCAGUUCGGUCAGCUGCCGCAGCAGCAGCAGUUCGGCCAGCUGCCGCAGCAGCAGUUUGGUCAGCAGUUCCAGCCCCGCCAGCAGCUGGCUCAGCCGCUGACCCAGCAGCUGGAUCAGCCCGCUCAGCAGCUCGAUCAGCCGCUGAGACUGCAGCUGGACCAGCCGCUGAGGCAGCAGCAGCAGCGCAGCGAUCCUGUGCCGAUUCUCCGUCAGAGCAACAACCAGAGCCCGGAGGGCAGCUUCCAGUACGAUUACGCGUCGGCCGACAGCAUUGAGGUCGAGGCCCAGGGAGAGCAGCGCCAGAUCGGUGACGGCGUCGGCACCGUCAUGCAGGGAUCCUACUCGUACGUCGCCCCUAACGGCGAGCUCAUCGAGGUCAGGUGGAUUGCUGACGAGAAUGGCUUCCAGCCUAUCGUUUCCCGCAGCCCCAGUCAAUAAUCGACCUCGACUGAUGUAUUCUCUUCAUAUCAACUAGAACACAACCAGCACACCAACCGAGCAGCCAUGACUGUGAACCACUCGAUGAAUUAGUGUCUUUUUAGUGUCGAUGGAUUAGUGUGUUAGUGUCACUUUUCCGCUUUUUGUGACUGUUAUUUCACGUAUAGUUUGAUCAUGACGCGAAUGCACUUACGACUGCUUUGUAACUGCGUCUGAUGUAGCUAUGUCGUCAACUUCUGGCAAAUUUUAGACUUAACAACUCUAACGCACGUCGCACGAAAAAAGACACUGAACUUUCUGCUAGGGUGGAUAUUUUGAGGCAAUGCUUUGAUAUACCUUCUGCUUUGAUGUCAUACCUGCAUCGUGUGAUAUUGUUGCAAGCUAUGAAAAUAUAUGCAUGUAAACAAGCCAAUGC